GCCAGUCUGUUAUCGCCGGCUGAAUGAAACGGCUGCUUUCGACCGGCGCGCCGCGAUAAAAAAAGUUAGCGGGCGGGAACUUGCGAAAAGAUUUUAUAAUCUGUUGUUUUCUUUUUGUGGCAUUAUAAAAUUGAUUGAUUGAUGACAUCUAAAUAUUAUUAUUCAAUUUGGAAAAUUGUUUUUGUUUUUAAGUGAAUUUUCUGUUGUUUCCGUGUGUUGUUCCUGAUUUUUGGAAAUUUGAUCGGGAAUGAAACAAGAUAAAACAAGAAAAUAAGUAGAAAAAAUGUAUUUCGUAAAUAAAAUUACGAUUUUGCUUGUUAGCAUUGUUCUCAUAGCUAGAAUAGAAACGAUUGGCGCAGACAAAUACGAUGAAGAGGCGAGUAUAGAUCUCAAAUAUAACAAGAAUGAAAAAAGACACAAAAGAUCAGACGCAAUAGAGAAUAUUACAACUACAGAAGUAACGCCACUAGAGAACAUAACAGAAGAAUGUGUAGGACAAAAGGAAUUUUGUAACUUAUCCCGAGAAGAAUACAUCACAAUGUUGAAUGACUACAUCUACCCACAUACGUACGAGUGGGUCCUGAUUGGCACGCACACUUUGGUAUUUAUCACGGGAUUGGUGGGGAACGCUCUAGUGUGCGUAGCUGUUUAUAGGAAUCAUAGUAUGAGGACUGUGACAAACUAUUUCAUUGUGAACUUGGCUGUGGCAGAUUUCAUGGUGAUUCUCUUUUGUUUGCCUGCCACCGUACUGUGGGAUGUCACUGAAACCUGGUUCCUGGGAGACGUGCUGUGCAAAAUGCUACUGUAUUUCCAGUCGGUAUCGGUGACGGUAUCGGUGCUGACGCUGACCUUCAUCUCGGUGGACCGCUGGUACGCCAUCUGCUUCCCGCUCAAGUUCAAGUCCACCACGGGGCGCGCCAAGACCGCCAUACUUAUUAUUUGGGCGUUGGCUUUGUCUUUCAACGCUCCAGAGCUGGUAGUGCUAACCACAGAGAAGUCAGUGCCUCUCCGCUUCGAGCUAGAAUACCUAGUCCAGUGCAUCGCGACCUGGUCUUCAAAUAGCGACCUUGUGUGGCACAUCAUUAAAGUCAUUUUCAUUUACACACUCCCACUACUGCUGAUGACCGUGGCGUACUACCAGAUAGUGAAGGUGCUAUGGCGAUCGGAGAAGAUACCGGGCCAAGCAGAAACUAUCAAGUUGGCCCCGGCUGAACAAACUCAACUGCGUUCCAGAAGGAAGGCGGCGAAGAUGUUGGUGGCCGUGGUGAUCAUGUUCGCUGUAUGCUACUUCCCUGUCCACCUGCUGUCAGUGUUGAGAUACACCCUUGAUAUGGAACAGUCAGAUGUGAUCACCUGUCUUGCUCUGAUCUCCCAUGUGAUGUGCUACGCGAAUUCCGCCAUCAAUCCUUUGAUCUACAACUUCAUGAGUGGAAAAUUCCGCCGAGAAUUCCGUCGAGCCUUCUGCUGUUCAACCGCCAGUGAUCUGGAGACCUUCACCACUCUAACCCGCAUCACGACCUCAAAGAAGCGGCCCUGUGAUCUCAUGACAUUUGAAUCUAAGGCCCAAGGCCGAAAUGUGUGUAACACUACCUUUAUUCACAAUAGUUAUAAGGAUAGGUACAUACUAACAUAAUUUGAUUAAGUAGUUUGUAACAGAUACCUCUACCAUGAGUUUGAAGCAAUAGUAUUUGUCGAUAGUCGCUAGCGACGAUGUAAUUUUUUUGUAUGGCAUACAGCGCCUCUACCGGUUAUCUGUGGAACUAAAAAUUGCUAAUGUCAUACAGCGCCUCUACCGGACAACUGAGGAACUAAAAUUUGAUAUACAAAAAAAAUUGCCCCUUUGCUAUCGACUAUCGACAAAAAAUAUUGUAGUAAACUCAUGGUAGAGGAUUAAUUUUUUAAGUGCAUAUCGAUGUGAAUUAGGUUUUAUAUUAUUUAUUUAUAAGUAAAUAAAUAUGUAGUAUUUGUGUGUGUGUGGUUAUGUAUUUUUUCAACGAAGAACUAAAAUAUGUAAGGUAAUAAUAGAUACAUUAAAUAUUUAUCUACACCUUUUUCACGUGAGCUGGUAGCUACAAAAUGCUACCUAAUACGAUCCUUACACAGUCAUACUUCUUUAGCUUCAAUCACAUUCAUACAUCAGUACCUUUAGUACAAGUUUGUUUAACGUUGAACGAAAACUUAAUUAAAUUAAAUAAAUUUGGGGAAGAUUUCUUACCAGAGUACCAUGUUUUCCUUUUCAGAGCGAACCCUUAUAACAUAAUUAUAUCUUCUAAAUUAUCAUUAUGACCGAUUGGUUUAAGUACCAUACUUAAGGCGUUGCAUCACGUCGGUUUUCUGUGAGUCCGUGGUAUCACUCCGGUUGAGCCGGCCCAUUCGUGCCGAAGCAUGGCUCUCCCACACUUUAAACUUUAUCGUAGAUAAAGACUAUUCUUCUAAUUUUCGUGGGUGAUGAGCAGUGGUGGUAUAUUCGGAAGCAUAUUUGCCUAAAGUUAAAGUGUUGGAUAACAUUAUGGAAUGCAUGCAUUAUGUGUCGAAAAAAGCUGUGAAAUUUCGGAUUUAAGAAAUUUACUGUUUUUAUUAUAGAAUUCUUUAGCAUGUUACAGAUUAGUUUUGCAUUCCCGAAUUGAUAUUGCAAAAAAUAUGUUUUAAGAAGUCGCUUCCAUAAUUUUCUAACCAAAAAUGAACUUUAGGCAAAUAUGCAUCAGAAUAUUCGAUCACUGGUGAUGAGAGAUGUGUGAUAUCGUAUCAUGUUACAUGACAUAAUAUAGUUAAUUUUAUCUACUUUUUAAGUUAAGUAAUUAUUUUAAAACAUAUUUAUUAAGGUUACUACUGAAAAAUAAAAAGAAAAGAUUUUUGAAAUAAUAUCUAGUUUUGUACAAAUUAUGUGUGUAUAGAGUAUUUGUAAAUAUUGUGUAUUAUAUAUUAUUAUAUUAUGUAUAUCAAAGUGUUUUGUGAACGUUUAAUGCCUAAGUAAUUUACUUUACAUUGUAUUAAAAUUUUCAUAAUUAAUAAAACAUUUUAAUAUU